UCAUAAUGUCCUAGUUAGACACAGGACCUGCUGGGCCACAGAAAGGAGGCUCUGGGUAGACGCACUAGAUUACUGGAUAAAUCACUUCGAUUUCCCAAUGAAUUUUAUAUUGUUUAUUUUUAUACCUGGAGUUUUUUCCUUAAAAAAUAGUACUUUGAAGCCUACUAUUGAAGGUGAGAGAGCAUUUACAACUUUUAUAAAAAUAGUAGGUAAGAAGGAUGACCCAUAAUCGUGAAAAAUUGGUAUGUGGCAGUUUUCUACAGGAGGAUAUAAACUUUAUUGUUGGAGCUAUGCAUUGCCUAAUGUGAUACCUUUAAAUGAAGAUGUUAAUAAGCAGGAAGAAAAGAAUGAAGAUCAUACUCCCAAUUAUGCUCCUGCUAAUGAGAAAAAUGGCAAUUAUUAUAAAGAUAUAAAACAAUAUGUGUUCACAACACAAAAUCCAAAUGGCACUGAGUCUGAAAUACCUGUGAGAGCCACAACUGACCUGAAUUUUGCUCUAAAAAACGAUAAAACUGUCAAUGCAACUACAUAUGAAAAAUCCACCAUUGAAGAAGAAACAACUACUAACGAACCCUCUCAUAAAAAUAUUCAAAGAUCAACCCCAAACGUGCCUGCAUUUUGGACAAUGUUAGCUAAAGCUAUAAAUGGAACAGCAGUGGUCAUGGAUGAUAAAGAUCAAUUAUUUCACCCAAUUCCAGAGUCUGAUGUGAAUGCUACACAGGGAGAAAAUCAGCCAGAUCUAGAGGAUCUGAAGAUCAAAAUAAUGCUGGGAAUCUCGUUGAUGACCCUCCUCCUCUUUGUGGUCCUCUUGGCAUUCUGUAGUGCUACACUGUACAAACUGAGGCAUCUGAGUUAUAAAAGUUGUGAGAGUCAGUACUCCGUCAACCCAGAGCUGGCCACGAUGUCUUACUUUCAUCCAUCAGAAGGUGUUUCAGAUACAUCCUUUUCCAAGAGUGCAAAGAGCAGCACAUUUUUGGGUACCACUUCUUCAGAUAUGAGAAGAUCAGGCACAAGAACAUCAGAAUCUAAGAUAAUGACGGAUAUCAUUUCCAUAGGCUCAGAUAAUGAGAUGCAUGAAAACGAUGAGUCGGUUACCCGGUGAAGAAAUCAAGGAACCCGGUGAAGAAAUCAUAUUGAUGAAUAAAUAACUUUAAUUA